AUGCUGAGCGUCUGGUGGGGAGUUCAUGGAAUCUACCGUUUCGAACUGCUGCCAGACAACACGACAGUUACUGCAGAGGUCUACUGCGCUCAACUGCAAAGACUGGCCGACAAGAUCCGCAAGGAGCACCCGAAGCUCGACAACGUUCGCCUGCUGCACGAUAACGCGCGCCCUCACAUCGCGAAAAAGCCUUCUCAGAAAAUUCUGGAGAUGAUGGGAUGGGGAGGAGGAGGAUGGGAAGUUCUACCGCACCAACCGUACAGCCCGGACCUGGCACCGAGCGACUACCACCUCUUCCGAUCGCUUCAGCAUCACCUGGAAGAUAAGCGCUACGAUGAUCGUGACCACUUCGAAAAUGUCCUUAGGGCUUUCUUCGCCUCCAAGUCGCCGAAGUUCUAG